CGGUCGGAGCGGGCGGGGAAGGGACGGCCCCGGGAGGGCGGUGCCGAAUCGAACGCUCGGUGCUCGCGGGAGGCGCCGCAGCGAUCGCGCCGUGACCCAGCGCGGCCAUGGCCGGCUUCAUCAACUUCGCGGACGAGGAGGAGGUGCGGGCGUACCUGGAGAACCUGCACGUGGAGUACAGCUACCAGUGCUUCAAGGAGAAGGACCCGGACGGCUGCCAGCGCUUCGCCGAUUACCUGGACGCCGUGAGGAAGGACUUCGUGGCGGCGGCGCGGGUGCUGCGCGACAACUGCGAGGUGCACGGGCACAGCGAGAGCUGCUACAAACUGGGGGCCUACCAGGCCCUCGGCAAAGGUGGACUCAACCCGGAUUUGAAAGCUGCCUACAAAUCUUUCAUCAAGUCCUGUGAGAAAGGUGGGAAGAAGUCAGCAAAUGCGUGUCACAGUGCUGGGCUGCUGGCCCAGGACGGGAAAGCCAACGAUGGUCAGCCUGACCCUGUUGUUGCUAGAGACUAUUACACAAAAGCCUGUGAUGGCAAUUUUGCUCCCAGCUGCUUCAACCUGAGUGUGAUAUACCUGCAGGGAGCACCUGGGGUCCCCAAGGACAUGAGCCAUGCCUUGAAGUACUCGCUGAAAGGCUGUGAGCUGGGGCACGUGUGGGCUUGUGCCAAUGCCAGCCGCAUGUACAAACUGGGAGAUGGUGUUGAGAAGAAUGAUGCCAAGGCAGAGGAUCUGAAAAACAGGGCAAAACAGUUGCAUAAAGAACAGAAAGAAGCUGCAAGUUCUCUAACAUUUGGGGAGUAAAACUGGCAGUUUCAGAUAUUAAGACUGGUUUUUAAAUGGCAAGUGAAUUUGUUAUUUAAAUUGUGAGCGUACAGUUUUCAUUUAAAUAAAUAGUCUGUAUUUGGAUAUACAAAUAAAAUUAUAUUUUUGUGGAUACAACAAAUAACUGUCUCUGCUGUGCCUUUCUACGUUUUUGAGCACACAAAUUCUAAGUGUGUUUUGCUUAGAUCCUUCCCGUCUUUUUAAGGAAGCCAAAAACUUGUGGUUUUUUGGGAGUAUUCCCCAUGGUUUCAAGCACAAAGGAUUUCUUUUGUGUCCAACGCUUCAAUAUCCAGGCUUGUGCUCUGACCAGUUCUAAAACACACAAAAAUCACAACUGCAGGUAAUCCCAGCUUGGGCAGUCUGAACUGUUCCAUCUCUCACAAGCGUUUUCAGAACUUUGAUAGCUGCACACUUGAGUGAGCUGCUCUAAGUCAUGGAUAUUAAUCUGUAAUUCCAUAGGUCUAGGCCAAUUCGUUUGUGACUGUAUCUACCUGUCAUAUGUGCCUGAGUGCUUUAGGCUGCUCUCCCAGCACAUGAUUGCCCCUUACUUUGUCACACACAAAUUGUUUUAUCUUCCUGCUAGCUUCUGGAACCUUAUGUUCUAUUUU